UAUGGCUAACGUAGAAUUCUCUCAAAGUUUGGAAACAUUUGGUGUUAAACUUUUCACCGAAGUUGCCAAAGCUAAUGCCAAGAAGAAUGUCGUUUUCUCUCCGUUUUCAAUACAAACAUGUAUCGCCAUGGCUCGCAUGGGAGCUGCCGGAGAUACAGCCAUUGAAAUGGACAAGGGUAUGGAUUUAACUGUACAAAACGAAGAAUCCUUGGCCAAUAACUAUCACACCAUAUUGGCACAAUAUGAAAAUAGUAAUAUUCUGAAAAUUGCCAAUAAAAUUUACGUGAUGAAAAACUACGAAAUCAAGGAAAAAUUCAAUGAACUGCUAACAAAGAAAUUCUUUUCGGCUGUGGAUAAUAUUGAUUUUGGACAAAAUCAAGUGGCUGCCAAGACGAUUAACUCCUGGGUGGAGUCGAAGACAAAUAAUUUAAUUAAAGAUCUUGUCCCGCCUAGUGUACUCAAUGCCGAUACCCGCUUGGUAUUGGUAAAUGCUAUCCACUUCAAAGGCGAAUGGGUUCAUCCAUUCCCCGAAUAUGCCACUAAGGAGAAAGAUUUCUAUUUGGAUGAAACCAAUAGUGUUAAGGUACCAAUGAUGCACAUCAGCGAACGUUUCCGUUAUGGAGAAUUUCCCGAAUUGGAUGCCAAAGCAUUGGAAUUGCCCUAUAAAAAUUCUGAUCUUUCGAUGUUAAUUAUUUUGCCAAAUUCUCGAACGGGCCUUGUCGAUUUGGAGGAAAAAUUGAAAACAGUUUCGCUGCAUGAUUUGACCAGUAAAAUGAGUUCGUAUAAGGUUAAUGUGGAUUUGCCGAAAUUCAAGGCUGAAUUUGAAAUGGAAUUAAGUGAUGUUUUGAAGAGUAUUGGCAUGGGUCGCAUGUUCUCUCAUGAAGCUGACUUUAGCAAAAUGUUGAAUUCCCCUGAACAACUGGCUGUUUCCAAGGUCAUUCAUAAGGCUUUCAUUGAGGUGAAUGAAAAGGGUACUGAAGCUGCCGCUGCUACAGGCAUGUUAAUACGAAAGAAACGCGGCAUAGUCGACUUUGACGAACCAAAAGAAUUCAACGUUGACCAUCCAUUUAUAUAUCAAUUGAAUCAUAAAACAACAACUGUAACGUCCGCACCAUCAUCACCAUUAUCUGAUUCUGAAACGGAAUCAUCGAAUGCAACAACAAUAAAUAUACCAUUAUUCAUGGGUUCAUAUCGAAUCGCCGUGGCUGAAGCGAUUACAACCGCACCAUCACCAGAUUUAAAUACAAAUAGACUUAGUGAUGAAUUAUAA